AUGGUGCUCACUACAGGUCUCAAAGGCGCCCACAUACUCAUUACAGGAGGCACGCGGGGUAUGGGCGAGGCAAUGGUACAUCAAUUCCUCCAGGAGGAGGCCAAUGUCUCAUACUGCGCUCGCACCGUCACCAAUACCGAGUUUGAUGAAUUCCAUGCAACUCUUGAUAAGGAAAAUAUAGCCCGCGCCGUAGGUACAGCAUUUGACGUGGCUAGCAAGGAUGCGCUCGUCCAGUGGGUUGAGAGCUCUGCUGAACGACUGGGACGAAUUGACGUGAUCAUCGCCAAUGCCUCGCCAAUGCAUAUGGAGGGCGAGACGGAGCACUGGGAGAACAGUUUUGCCAUUGAUGUGAUGGGUUUUGUAGAGCUCGUCAAGGCGGCCACUCCUUUCUUGGAGAAGUCUCCACAGGCAUCCAUCAUUGUGCAGAGCUCUUUCAUGGGCCGUGAAUUUUACCGAUCUCCUCCGGCAGCCUACGGGCCCUGCAAGGCUGCACAGCUGCAGCAUGUACAGGAAUUGUCCCACUUCUUGGGACCAAAGGGUAUCCGGGUUAAUGCCAUCUCGCCGGGACCAAUCCUGUGCAAGGGAGGGCCCUGGGAGCUCUAUUCUAAGAUUAAUCCCGAAUGGGUGGAGGAGCAGCGACUGAAGAUUCCUCUCAAGCGCUUGGGGGGACCGACUGAGGUGGCUAACGCGGCGGUGUUCCUGGCGAGUCCUCUCGCUAGCUUCGUUUCCGGCACGAACAUGCUGGUCGAUGGUGGAAUCCAUGUGGGCACCCAGUUUUAG